GGAGAGCGCAGUCAGGCGCAGGCGUAGAGCUCAGCGGAAGGAGGAUCGUGGGAAAAGGGGGCGUGGCCCGUCCUCGCUGGGGAGGUUGCGCUGCCCUCAGCUCCUGCGGCUGCGCGCGCACCUCGGCUCGGGCUCCGCCCCUCUCGGCCCGCGGAGCCCGCGAGUGGGUUGCUUCCUCUCCGCCCUCCGGUAUGGCGCUGGACCCCGCAGACCAACAUCUCAGACAUGUUGAAAAAGAUGUUCUGAUCCCAAAGAUAAUGAGAGAAAAGGCCAGAGAAAGGUGUUCUGAACAAGUUGGAGAUUUUACCAAAUGUUGCAAGGACUCUGGAUUCCUUAUGGUAGUAAAAUGCCGGAAAGAAAAUUCUGCAUUGAAAGACUGUCUAACUGCUUACUAUAAUGAUCCGGCCUUCUAUGAAGAAUGCAAACUGGAAUAUCUCAAAGAAAGGGAAGAAUUCAGAAGAACUGGAGUUCCUACCAAGAAAAGGCUACAGAAGCUUCCCACAAGCAUGUAGGCAAAUAGUGAGUCAGGAAGACACAGAUUAUGGAAACCGUUUGCAAUGUAAACCAGAAAUGAUGAACUGAAACAAUAUUUGCUCACCCUAAUCAUGAAAAUACUGAUUUUUUAAUGAAAUAAAAUAUUUAUUUCAGA